AUGCUUUUCACCCGCCUCAGUGCUCCAGCCGCCGUGCUCUCGGCGCUGUUGCUCCUCGCCCCCGUUCCCGCGAGCGCAUAUUACCUCCCUGGAGUCUUGCCGACCUCGUACAAAGAAGGGGACAAAGUGCCGCUGCUCGUCAACCACCUCACACCUGGCAAUUCCCCGGACGACUCGCACGUGCACUCGGUCUUCUCGUUUGACUACUACCUCCCGGAAUUCCACUUUUGCCAGCCGAGCGGCGGCCCCAAAUACAUCUCGGAGUCGCUGGGGAGCAUCCUGUUCGGUGACCGCAUACAAACAUCGCCCUUUGAGCUGCGCAUGGGCAAGAAUGAAACAUGCAAGCCUGCAUGUCGAGAUCAGACAUACGAGCCGAGUGAUGCGCAAUUUGUCAACCAGAGGAUUCUACAGAAUUACAACCUGAACUGGCUGAUCGACGGCUUACCCGCCGGACAGCUGAAACACGAUCCAAACGACAACACCAACUUCUACAGCCCCGGAUUCGCGUUGGGCGCCGUCAAGGACGACAAGCCAAUUCUCAACACCCACUAUGACAUCCUAAUUGACUAUCAUCAGGCCGGUCCGGAUGCAUACAGGGUUGUCGGUAUCCUUGUGGAGCCGCGGUCGAUGGGCGAGGCAAAGCUGGUCAACGAAGAGAAGGCUGAGUGCGGUGAGCCGGCACCAAUAGAGUUGUCGGAGACAGGAAGCACGUCUGUUUUGUUUACCUACAGCGUCUACUGGAGGCCUUCAUCCACGCCAUUUGCCACGCGCUGGGACAAGUACCUUCAUGUCUACGACCCGAAAAUCCACUGGUUCUCGCUGGUCAACUCGGCGGUCAUUGUGGUUUUCUUGGUCACCAUGGUCGCUACCAUCCUCAUCCGCACUUUGAAGAAGGAUAUUGCAAGGUACAAUCGCCUCGAGCAAUUUGCGCUUGAGGACUUGUCGGGAACGAGCGUGGUCGAGGAAGGAGUCCAAGAAGACUCGGGGUGGAAGUUGGUGCACGGCGACGUCUUCAGGCCACCGAAGAACCCGCUGUUUCUGAGUGUGCUUGUCGGCAAUGGCGCACAGCUGUUCAUGAUGGCCGGCUUCACCAUUGUCUUUGCACUGCUAGGAUUCCUUUCCCCAUCCAAUCGCGGCUCUCUCGGCACUGUCAUGCUUCUUCUCUACACCGUCUUCGGCUUCGUUGGUGGCUACGCGUCGGCUCGCAUCUACAAGUUUUUCCAUGGCGACAAGUGGAAGCAAAACUUUGCGCUCACACCCGUUGCGCUCCCUGCCGUGGUGUUUUGCAUCUUCUUUCUGCUCAACCUCUUCGUGUGGGCGAGGUCGGCGAGCGGGGCCGUUCCGUUUGGGACGAUGCUCGCGCUCGUCUGCAUUUGGUUCCUGAUCAGCGUUCCGCUCUCGCUUGCGGGCUCGUGGAUCGGAUUCAAACACAAGAGGGUUGAGACGCCGGUGCGGACCAACCAGAUCCCACGGCAGAUCCCACCUGCGUCGGGCUACCUUCGCCCUUUGCCUAGCAUGCUGAUCGUAGGGGUCCUUCCUUUCGGAGCCAUCUUCGUCGAGCUCUACUUCGUCAUGAACAGCAUCUGGGUCAACAAAGUGUACUACAUGUUCGGGUUUCUCUUUCUGUGUUACGGCCUCAUGAUCAUUACUUGCGCAGCAGUCACGGUCCUGAUGAUCUAUUUCUUGCUGUGCGCAGAGAACUAUCAUUGGCAGUGGAGGGCGUUUUGCACGGCGGGCGCGAGCGCGGCCUACGUGUUUGCGUAUGCGCUGCUCUACUGGGGAAAGGUGUUGGAGUUUGGUAGCUGGACCAGUGGAGUGCUGUAUCUUGGCUACAGCGCACUGAUCAGCGUGCUGUUCUUCGUACUAAGCGGCACCAUCGGGUUCUUUGCCUCAUGGCUCUUUGUGCUCAAGAUUUACUCGUCCAUCAAGGUCGACUAA